CGCUCCCUCCGUCAAUCAUUCAUAGCAGUUGGAUGGACAAAGUAAGUCACUCAUUGGUCAACAAGUGCAACAAGAAAUUAAGAGCAAAUAAAAAGGGGAAGAUAUUUAUUUUUGAGGAAAACAGAAAGAGAGCACAGUGAGGGGAGAAAGGACUACUCUUCAGGCAGGACGUUCCAUUCUGUUGACUUCUGAGGAUUGAAGUGGGGAGUGUAUUAUAGAUUAUUCCACACUUAAAGCAGAUCUAACCAAUUCAGUGGAGAUUGAAGGGAUCUCCAGAAUUAGUCAUCCCUGAGCCUGGGUCCAGUAGCCUGUACAUCUAUAGGCUAAUAAUGAGAUAAAGAAGACUGAAGUAAUCUGUCAUAAACCUUCAGUUCUAUGUCACCAGUACACACAACACAUUUAAACGGAUUAGUGUUGGAGAUACCCAAAGGAUGGUGUAACGCAGCAUUCACACAGUAACACAUAGACUUAAACAAAGGGGACAAACCUAAGCACACAGACCUCAAGUACACACAUACUCACUAAGACUAUUGACACAACUGUAUUCACGCACUAAAAGGAAAGACACAUACACAGAAAGUACACACAAACAUUUCCUCCUAACCCUCUCGGUCAUGAAUCUGGGACCAGCAUGCAUCUUUCUUAGAGGAGGGAAUAACAUUACCAGAUCACUAGCAGAUGAUGAAAUAGAAGAGUUGCGUGAGGCCUUUGCAGAGUUUGAUAAGGACAAGGACGGACUGAUCUGCUGUAAAGAUCUGGGGAACUUGAUGAGAACAAUGGGGUACAUGCCCACUGAGAUGGAGCUUAUUGAACUCAGCCAGAACAUAAACAUGAACUUGGGAGGGAGAGUGGACUUUGAGGACUUUGUGGAACUGAUGGCCCCUAAACUACUGGCUGAGACUGCGGGUAUGAUUGGACUAAAGGAGCUGAAAGACGCUUUUAAAGAGUUUGACAUGGAUGGUGACGGAUCAAUUACCAUCGAUGAGUUGAGGCACGCCAUGACUAAGCUACUGGGAGAAAAUACCAACAGAAAAGAGAUUGAGGCUCUGGUCAGGGAGGCUGACAACAACGGAGAUGGCACAGUUGAUUUUGAGGAGUUUGUAAAAAUGAUGUCACGGGAAUGAAGAGAAGAUGAGAGAGUGGAAGAGUGGAAGGGGUAAUACAUUCCUUCACAAGAGUCAACUACAGUCGUCAUAUUCUCAUAAUCACAAAUUGUAUAGAACAAUGUACAGCAUGUGCCCUUUUGAGCUGUAGGUAUGCCACAUAGCUCUUUUUAACUUCUGUAUGUUUGUCCUGUGUUCAUCCCUUAAGUAUUUUUCAAAAAAUACACAAUAUAUACAAAAGUAUGUGGACACCCCUUCAAAUGAGUGGAUUCGACUAUUUCAGCCACACCCGUUGCUA